UGGUUAUAUUGUGCUGUGUUCAUGAAUGGUGCAAUGUGGAUACAACUUGAAUAUCAGUGUUGACUUUAACCUGCCGCAAACCGAUGCCUCAGUUUUUGAAAGUACUCCACGCGCUUGCCGGUCACUUCAAAAUGUGUCUCAUUUACCUGCUCAUUAUACUUUACACGACCGCCAUGUAUUUGCCGUUUACGACCAAAGCGCAAAAUUCGACGCGUGAAAUUCUAAUUUUGGGCGGCAAUGGCUUCAUCGGCAGUUCGCUUGUUGCAAAGUUGCUAUCAAUGGACGGCUUUAACGUGACGACAGUAAAUCGAGGCCGAUAUUACUUCGACUCACGAUCGCGCGUUGAUCCCCAUGUGCGACGAAUCAUCUGCGAUCGCGCGAAUAUUUACAACUGCACGGAGCUUGUGAAUUCGACGCAAUUUUACGACGCUGUCGUGGAUUUUUCUUCCUACUAUAUGGAGGAUAUGCAGGGCAUUCUACACAUAUUGCGGGCUCGAUUUGGUCGCUAUAUUUUCAUCAGCACAGACUCCGUGUACGAAGUGUGCAUAAAGAAUCCCCACGGGGGACCUAGCCGGGAAGAAGAUGCUAUUAGACCUCGCGACCCGCGCGGACGACACGAACUAAAUAUGGCAGAUUAUUACGGCCACCAGAAACUGGGCUGCGAAGAGGUUCUUCAAAAUGAGCGAGAUUCAAAUGGCAUAAAUUAUGUCUCGCUUCGCCUUCCUGACGUCUUCGGACCACGUGACACGACAAACCGGUUUUGGAAUUAUCAAAUCUGGUUAUUGACGCACGAAAUCGAAGGAUCUUUUGGUCCGGUCCAUUUAAACCCGAAGGAAAAUAAACUAAUCAGCCUGGUGUAUUCCGAAGAUAUCUCAGAUCUAAUAAUCAAUCUUUUGAAAGUUGAACUGAAUGUUUACAACGAAGCAUACAAUAUCGCAUAUGAGCCAGUGACCCUUGAAGGAUUCCUCGGUACAAUGGCGGAGUCCUUAGGAGUAGAUGUGGUUUUCGACAGGACAGAUCAAGCAAAUGUACACUGGUAUCCCUCGGUCACCCGUGGAGCGGUGAACGCGACAAAAGUUUUUGAUAAGUUGAACUGGAAACCUUCUCCAAUGAAGCUCGCUGUUAACAAGUCGUGCGAGUUUUUCCGUGAAGCAAUGUCGAUUCCAGAAUUCGAGAACAGACGAGAUGGUAUUUUAGGACGUUAUCUACCGAAAAAGGACUUACGUGAGAGCUUUUUGAAGGGCGAACUUUCAAAUGACGCCUCCCGCGAGGAACUUUGAGUGGGUUUGACUUUGAAUGAACUUUUUAAUUUUUGCCAAAUGAGAGAAUACAGUACGUCUGUCAAUACGAAAUACACACGCGGGUAUUUAAGGCAAAAUGACAGAUAUUCCGAAAAUAAAUUUUAUUCCCCACUUUCUGGAAAGUUAGGCCUAGGUUAUACGUCGCAUUUUGGGCAGAUAGAUAAUGAGAUGGUAAACCUCAUUAAGCCUCAUUAUCAUCUCAUUAUCUAUUGUUUAAAUUGCAUUCGACGCGACCAAAAUGCGACGUAUAACCUAGGCCAAAAAGAAGUUUGUUUGCUUUAUGGUACAGGGGUCCAUGUGUGGAUGAAAUAGAGACUUGAAACACGUUUAACUGCAUUAAAAGUAGAUAGAAUAUUACGUAACAAAUUCGAGGUGUAAGGUACUAUAUAAUUAGUGAAUAAAGCCAGAA